GUUAUCAGGAAAAAUGGAUUUCAAGAAGACAUUCAACAGACGGGAAGCAAGCUUCAGACAAUGGCCCCAUCUGAACAUUCCAACGGGACCACCCAUGGUAACCGGAUUUUCCUAUACCAACUCCGGAUUAUCUACAGUAAAAUGUACAUCCUGUGGAUUGGAGGUAGACGUUGCAAGUUUAAAAGGGACUAGUCCUUAUGCCUUACAUGUUUUACGAUGUCCUGGAUGUUUGUUCUUCUAUCCAGACCAUCGUUACAGACUGGAGUCGGACCGCAGACAGUCCUUCCUGUACUGGAUAGGACACAAUGGGGCCCCGGAUGUGGACGAUCUAGUUGCGGCUGGAUUUUAUGUAACAGAUUGUGACGAGGACGAACUUCGAUGUGUUUGUUGUGAUUUAAGUCUAUCGUCACGGAAUCAAGCGACUGACAUCAGACAACGACACGCUCUCCUGAGCCCGAACUGUGUCUUCAUAAAGAACGCAAUAUUCCGGGACUCAAACGGUGGGGGCCAGUAUUGACUUAUUCUUUAUCCCCACGUCUGCUGUUUUCUAAAUCCUUAGUAUCCAUAUUAAUUCUAUCGAUUCAAACUGAUUAGUGGCAAUGAUGCUGUAUUGCAUACCUGUAUAUAUUAGUUAUUUUUAUAAUUAAUUACAUGUAUAUACAUUUACCACAUACAUAUAUAUAUAUA